CUUUGCUGUCUGCUCUAUUGAGCUUUAGGGUUCACAUUUGUCCCCUGAAUUGUGAAUACUUUCACAAUAUCAGAGUUCUAGUCAUUAGGCUACUCGUUUUACCCUACUAUUUGGCUUUGAAAAUAGUGUGUGUAACUGUUCAAAGACACGUGGCACUCGUCCUCAAAGCAAACAUAUCGUCAUCUGGAUAUGGCGUCCUCAGGUUCCUCCCUCCGGGUCCAUGCCCUGCGUCUGGGCCCGGGUCAGGAGCUGCUGAGCAGCCUGCUGGCAUUGGUGGAGGAGAGAGGCCUCAGAGCGCCGUUCAUUAUCACCUGCGUGGGCAGCGUAACCAAGGCAACGCUCCGGCUGGCAAAUGCCACCACGGAGAAUACCAAUGAGGUGAUCCACCUCCGGGAGCGUUUUGAGAUUGUGUCCCUGGUCGGUACGCUGAACAAGGAAGCCCACUUGCACGUGUGCCUGGCUGACAAGGACGGGAGGACAGUGGGAGGCCACGUGCUCGGUGACCUGGAGGUGUUCACCACGGCCGAGGUGCUCGUCGGCGAAGCCUCCGACCUGCACUUUGACAGAGAAAUGGACGAUCGCACGGGAUACCCAGAGCUGGUCAUCAAGCCACGCUCUUAGAAGCACCGGAGGUUGUGGUCGGAUUUCACGGCAAUCGUAGUGUAUCACAAGAGAAAGAGAGAUGAAAGUAUCCCGCUGUGCUUGACCACUCAAUAAAUGGAAACCGUUUUUUCCUCA